UGCUUAUAAACAAAACACCCCUUCCUUUGCCCCCAAAUUCCAAUUCUAAUGGCGGCUAACAAAAGCAUAAUAUCUAGGGUUUCAUCCUCCGUCUCCGACUCUCCGAUCGUCUACCGCGGCAAAAAAGCCGCCGCCGACACCGGCUUCGUCGUCAAAAAGCUCCUCUUAUCCACCGGAAAAGCUGCCUGGAUCGCCAGCACUCUCUUCCUCGUCCUUGCCGUGCCGCUCAUCAUCGAGAUGGAUCGCGAGCAGCAGCUCAACGAGCUGGAGCUUCAGCAGGCGAGUCUCCUCGGGACUCCCACCGUCUCGGCCCCGAAAUAAUCGGUGCGGUGUUUUUCUCGCUUUUGCAUUGUUAGCAAUCGAUUUUGCGAGGUUUUUUUUUUGUUUUGUUGCGGUAGAGAUGAAUUUAUUGAUAAUUAUGAUGAGAACUUGUGUUUUAACUGAUAAAGAUUGUGUCUUUAAUAAUUUGUUGGUGGGAGUGUGAUUAUAGGUAAUGUAGCCUUAUGAUUUGGUGCGUAUUGUUACUUUUUUGUUUAGAUGUUGAAGAUUAGACAUGAAUUGGUUGAUGAUUGUGAUAAUAAUAUAUUUUUAGUUUGAUAAA